AAUAGAAUCACCCUUCCCAUUUUAAGAAAAGCCCCAAUAGAAUGUCUAAAACCUAUGGGAUUCACGUGUAAUAUGUAGCCCAUUUUGUAUGGAAUCAAAAUAUGCAAUUAACUAGAGCCCAUCUCAACAUUUGACAUAUCAAUUUUUUAGGUUACAAAUCGUUGCACAGAAACGCAGAAAUCCUCAUCAUCGACCCCCUUGUUCUCUCGGCCGUCCGGCGAGAAAUCGCCGUCACCGCCGCUGCGCCACACAUUCGACCGCCGCCGCCGCGUCUCCCUCCACUCUCGUUCUCCUUCUCGCCUAACACUCUCUCCCUCCGAUUUACAGAACGGUUAUUUUUGGUUAAGUUCCCGAAUAAAUAUCAGUAAGAUUAAUUUUCAAAAUUUUGGUCAAGUUGGCCAAGUCGAAGUAGUAACUUAGUAUGGAGCAGCGGUUGGCCAAUUCGUGGCGGAUGACCGUCAAUGAGAAGAAGUUCAUUCAAACAGCACUGCUCUCCGACCUCCGAACUGACGGUCGCGGUCCUUUUGAUUACCGAAACCUAACUAUCCAGUUUGGCAGUGAAGAUGGCUCAUCAGAAGUCCAGUUGGGCCAGACUCGCGUAAUGGGGUUUGUAACAUCACAGUUAGUGCAACCUUACCGCGAUCACCCUAAUGAAGGUACUCUUGCCAUAUUUACAGAGUUCUCUCCAAUGGCAGAUCCUUCAUUUGAAGUUGGUCGUCCUGGGGAAUCUGCUGUUGAAUUGGGACGGAUAGUUGAUCGUGGGUUAAGGGAAAGUAGGGCAGUCGACACAGAAUCACUUUGUGUUGUUGCGGGGAAAUGGGUGUGGUCCAUCCGUAUUGAUCUUCACAUUCUAGACAAUGGCGGGAAUCUUGUUGAUGCCGCAAAUAUUGCAGCCUUGGCUGCGCUGUUGACAUUCAGAAGGCCAGAGUGCACAUUGGGAGGAGAAGAUGGUCAGGCAGUUAUAAUACAUUCGCCAGAAGUCAGGGAACCCUUACCAUUGAUUGUACACCAUCUCCCUGUAGCAGUAACAUUUGCAUUUAUUGGCAACGAGAGCAGAGUGAUUAUUGACCCAUCGCACUUCGAAGAAGCUGUUAUGGGUGGAAAACUGACUGCUACUUUGAACACAAAUGGUGAUGUCUGUGCUAUUCAAAAAGCUGGAGGAGAAGGUGUGAUGCAAAGUGUUGUUAUGCAAUGCAUGCGGAUUGCGUCUGUGAAGGCUGCUGAUAUUACUGGAAAAAUUAAGAAAGCUGUCGAAUCAUAUAAAACAAGAAGAGAUUUGAAAAAAAUCAAAAGACACCCUGAUUCAGUUGAUAUUAGCAAUGUAUCGAAGGACAUGGAGAAGCCUAAACUGAAAAUAGAGAAAACAAGUGGCAGUCAAAGUGAUGACAUGGAAAUUGAGAGCCACUCAUCAAAGAAAGAUGAAAGCAGUUUGAGAGACAGCAAACAUAAAGCCAUCAUUGGUGGACCAUCUAGUUGGGAUCCAUACUCCAAGGUUGCUGAUGCUGAUGAAUUGAAAGCAAGUCUGGCUUCACGAGCUGUAGCAACACCAGAUCAGAAGAUGGAUGCAGUGCCACCUGAGCAGCAACAAUUGAAUGUAAUGGAUCUAUCCCUUAGAGACGCAGAUGCAUCACCUUCAUUAUCAGUGGCAGCUGCAGCUGGAGAAGAGAAAAACAAAGCCAAAACAUUAUUGGAUGCCGUGAAACCUAAGCAUAAGAGAAAGAAGAAGAAUUUAUCGAAUUCUGAUGGAAGUUAAACAGCGGGUUUCUUGAGCGUUUAUGUUUUUUCUCCUUCCCAUGCAUUCCUUCCGACUUGGUGGAUGGAGUUUUGAGAUCUUCUACCUAAGAUUGAAACUUUCAUGACAUCGUCGUGAAAAGGUUCUCCAUAUAUAUACAUUUAUGGUACCCUCUUUUCAUAGCCGGCACAUGUCUUAAGAUCACGUGUAAGAAUGCUUUCUGUGCCUCUGCAGGUGCAAUCUUUUGAGUUACUUUGAUGGUGAGGUUGUCGACUCGUAAUGCAUCCCAUGCUGUCUGGAAAUAGCAGUUUGGUUUUAUGAAGACUUUAGGUUUCAUGAACAGAUGCGGACUGCAACUAGAAACUGGUAUGUCAUCAUCCAGAAGUAAUUGGGAUAUUGGUUUCCUAGUUGUACGAAAUCUGGAAUUGGAAAAACUUUGCCUUGUGUUGUUAUUAUACGCAUAUGAGAAAACUUAAUAGUGAACUUGAUUUAGAAA